AUGACCAUUCCACUGCGCGUGCCGAUUUCGGUAGUGUGCCCUGCGCACCCUGUGGACGAGUAUGAAGCACCCAAACUAAAGAGACCGUAUUUCACGCAGCUCAUGUGCUGGCUGGCACAACCGCAGUAUCUACUCGCGCUUAAUGAUUCCCCCAGCUUGAUGCUAUUCGAUAAAUCCGACUUGGCGACGCCCGUGCGCUCGCUUCCUACGGAGCAGCGUAUCACGGCCAUCACAAAUAUCAACGAGCCACAGUUGGCUAUUGCAGGCACUUCCGAAGGCGGCUACGUAUCUCUGUGGGAUCCGCGUGCAAGUGCGGCGGAAGGCAUGCGCAUGCAAGGCCCAUCCGGCGCGCCGUAUUUAUCCCUGGCCGCGUCCGGCACACAGCUUGCAGUCGGUACAGGUCUGCUGGAUGUAGACGCAAUGAUUGAUUUGUGGGAUCUGCGGAAACCAAGCGCGCCUAUUUGGACGUACGGGGACGUGCAUUCGGACGAUAUCAUGACUCUUGCCUACCAUCCCGACACUGCGCGGCACGCCAACAUUCUACUGAGUGGUGGCAUGGAUGGGCUUGUGAGUACGAUUGACACGACAAUAGAAAAGGAGGAGGAUGCUGUUAUCUCGGUCGGGAAUACGGAUAGCAGCUUGGCUUGUGUAGGCUGGGCCAACUACCCCGCGGGGUAUGUGUAUACGCCCACGGUGCAAGCCACAGACGUGGGAAUGAGUGCAGAAGACACGCUGCUCUCCACGGACCCGCGACGCACGCACUUUGGGCCUGUAUUUGCGGUGAGUCAUAUGCAGACCCUGAGUUUGUGGGAUGCAGAUAAGUUUGAUUGUCUCGUUCGCGAUAUCGAAGUGCGUGGCCCUACAAGCUACAAACCGGAGUGGGCCACUGACUACGUGGUGGAUGCAUCGACAAGCUUGCCUGUUGCCGAGCCGCCAGCGCCAGACGCCAUUGCAGUACCAAUGCUGGUCGGCGAUCAAGAAGGCGGUGUCGCGCUGGUCAGUGCACAGGCAAGCCUCGGUGCGCCCACAGAACUUGCAUGGACAUUAGAGGCAAGACUACCGAGCAUUACUACAGGGCCGCGCGGCCACGCAGAUAUUGUACGGUCCGUCGCAUGGGACGCAGCGCACCGACGACUCUAUACGGGCGGAGAAGAUGGAAAAAUCUUGGCGUGGGCAAUGGACGGAAGCGUAGCAAACGCGGUACCUUCUAUGCCCGAUGCACCGGACCAUGCGCCUACACGACAGCUGCACGGCCGCCAACUCGCGUCCAGCGGCGCGAAACCGCGAUUCUCGCCCUACCGGUAG